GCGUUGCCAGCGACAGAGAAUGUUUACAGGCAGCACGGAAUCGCGUUGCGUAACAGGCGAGCAACGCGCGCCGCUAUCAGCGUGAAAGAUAACGAGGCUAAAAGUCGUCCGCGCGGUCCGCGGUGUCUACGAGAUUUUCGUCGGUCGCUGGUCCGUCGGAUUUCGAAGAGGAAUCGCGGGACGCCCUGUUCUCCAUCAUGUCGUCUCUACCUUGGCGACUCGCGGCCAUCGUUCGUCUGGGUAGGAGCGUCCGCGAUCAAAAAUGUCGAUUUCUCCACGUAAGCGGCUUUCGAUGCGGAAACGUCGUCCCCUUCAAACUAUCGGAUAUCGGAGAAGGAAUUCGAGACGUCACGAUCAAAGAAUGGUUCGUGAAGCCGGGGGACCGGGUGUCUCAAUUCGAUAACAUUUGCGAGGUGCAGAGCGACAAAGCGUCCGUGACGAUUACCAGCCGUUACGACGGAUUAAUUAAGGCCUUGCACUACAAGGUGGACGAGGUGGCUCUGAUAGGGGAUUCGCUGCUGGACAUCGAGCUGGACAACGAUAACGGCCCGCACGGAAAUCCACCGGCGAGUACCACGGCGGCCGUCGUCGAGGAGCCGCCGGCUGCUGCGGAAGGGAAAAAUCUUGCCGGCGAGGACGGCGAUCGUGAGGGACAAGGGCCGGGAAAUGGGCUAGAAAAAGCUCUGGCUACUCCUGCGGUUAGGCGGAUAGCCAUGGAGAACAGAAUCGCGUUAAAGGACGUCGUUCCCACCGGCAAAGGCGGCCGAGUACUUAAAGAGGAUAUAUUGGCGCACUUGGAGCGAAUUUCUGCUGGUUCCGCGGGAAACGCUGGCCCGGAAAAACCAGCAAAUGGAAAGGCCGUGCCGAUAAAGGGCUACACCAAGCAUAUGUGGAAAACGAUGACGCGAUCGCUGAGCAUCCCGCACUUCGUGUACAGCGACGAGUGCACCGUCAAUAAAUUAAUGGCCUACCGUAAUGAAGUGAAGGACAAUCUGAAGGAGCAAGGCGUCGCUCUAAGCCUGAUGCCGUUUUUCAUCAAAGCGGCAUCCAGGGCGUUGGAGAAGGUGCCCCAGCUGAACGCCUGGCUGGACGAGGAUGUCCAAGAGUUGCGUGUCCUCGGGGGCCACAACAUUGGCGUAGCAAUGGACACUCCGGAGGGCCUCGUUGUUCCGAAUAUCAAGAACGUGCAAAACCUGAGCAUUUUGGAGAUCGCGAGAGAGUUGAACAGGUUGCAGGAGCUGGGCAGAAAGUCCUCCAUUCCCUUGAUCGACCUGACCGACACCACCUUCUCGCUCUCCAACAUCGGCGUGGUCGGCGGCACGUACACGAAACCGGUGAUCCUGCCACCGCAGAUCGUGAUCGGCGCGUUCGGUAAAGUACAGAAACUACCGCGAUUCGACGAGGAAGGGAACAUUAUAGCUGCGAGCAUAAUCUCGGUAAGCUGGGCGGCCGACCAUCGAGUCGUGGACGGCGUUACCAUGGCGAGAUACUCGAAUCUAUGGAAGGACUAUGUCGAGAACCCCUCGUUCCUGUUAAUUGGAGCAUGAUCAGAAACCCCCAAUGAUGUUGAAUGUUGAUCUCGAAGCAAGUUAAUAGACCUCAGAGACAACUUUUGUUAGUUUACAAAUGAAAUUGCCAUCGUCGCAGAAUUAUCAACAAAAUCUUCGGCUGUUCCGUAUUCUAUUAAACGCUAUCGAUUAAUCUAAUCGAACGUAAGACUGCGACUUGUUAAGAAAAAUCUGUAUAACUUAGUUGUCGUAUAAAUAUUUUAUAAAUAUUUUAGUUUGUAAGGGCAAAAAUCCUAAUAAAAGAAUUCACAUUCAAACGAAGAUAAAAUUGAGAAGUAAUAUAAAAAUUUCGCUGCUUUCUCUCGUUCUCAACAUUAUCGAGGUUUCGAUCCCCCGAAAUUCUGUUUCGCAUAAUCCGCCACCGGACAAACUAUCUGGCAUAAAAAAGAAACGAUAUCGACUACGAAUAAAUGCAGGUUCCCGGUUUCGACGGACGAACGAGAGAGAACCUCGUCCCUAUCGCAGCUCUCUUAAUCGAAAGAAAAUGGAAACCCUACGGAUAGAGAGAGAGAGAGAGAGAGAGAGAGAUAGAGAAGAGUAUCGAUAGAAACACAGACGUGAUCGGGCGGGGGCUUGUCCCCGCCCUCAAUCAUACUAUACUUAUCUCUCGCGCGCGCGAAUAUGACUAGGUGUAUAUAGAUUAUUAUUGGUAAUGUAGUUAGUCCAAGAGUGUAAAUGCAAAGCUGCUUUCGUCGGAUAAAGCUACGCGUAUACUCGUCGAGAGUGAAGAAAGAAACCAAAGAUUUGAAAAGAAAAAGAAAAAAAAAAAGAAAAAACGAAAGGAAAGCAACGGUGCAUCCUACGUCAUUCUCGAGCAUCGUCAGGUUUUCGCUUUUGAAUAUCGGACAACAACAGCUUAAACUUAGAAGUCCCCGGAUCGUGUAUAACUCUCACUAAGAAUACCUCAUCAAUCGAGUAUAUUAGUCGUUUAAAGAUUUUACAAAAUACGCAAGCAAAAAGUCAGGAUAAAAAAUAAUUCUUUUUUUUCUUCUUUUUGCUUCUUCCGCGCCGCUCGUUUGGAAAAUAUAUAUCGCCGCGCACUCGCGUGCCUAAGACAUAUGUACGCGUAUGUGUGUGAAAUGUGUGUGCCGCGACACCCCCAUAGACAGCGAGCGGGUCUCUAUGGGCUUUUUGUUUUGUAACUUGAAGGAAGUCUUUCUGAAAAUAUACAUUUUCCGCCGUGAUUCUCAAUUCUGGAAAAUCCAAGCCUCGUCACGGUCCCGGAGGAAGAAAACGACGCAUGCUGGACGAUCCCGAGGCUCGGAGAAUUGUAGAAUAUCGUGUAUAGAGUAACUCUUACUCACUAGCAUAUACUUAUUACAUAAUUAUAUAUAUGUACACGUAGAUUUGAAAUCAUGCUCAACAGACACACACUCAUAAAUACGCCGCCUCCGUCGCUACCGCAACUUUUAACUGGUAAUACGUUAUUUCAACAUUAACACAGAGGUUUGUGUGUGUGUGUAUGUGUGUGCGCGCGUGUGUGCGUGUGUGCUUAAAUAGAUAUCUAACGAAACAAACAAACAUUCGAAUGUCCUGAAAGAGACAGUCUAAGAAACAACGGAAAACAAGAACUGUUCUCUUCUAAUCUGUGGAAACGGAAUAGUGUAGAAUUAAUUAAUGCUGCGGUUGUUCAUGCAGCUGACAAGAGUUCUCAGUGACCGCGGAUAUUGUUUAUGCGAAAUAAUAUCUUUAUGCGUACACGUUACAAGAAAAGACAGUGAAAUGGA